AGCCUGAGCCCCGCCCCGCGCUUCAACUGUCCAAUCAGGAAGCAGCAAGGAAGCCGCUUCCUGGUUGGCUUUUCUACUGCUCAGCUGACAGUCAGCCAUGCGGUUCCGUUUCUGUGGAGAUUUGGACUGCCCGGACUGGGUACUUGCCGAAAUUAGCACGUUAGCGAAGAUUUCGAGUGUCAAAAUGAAGCUCCUCUGUGCUCAAGUGCUGAAGGACCUGCUUGGAGAAGGCAUCGAUUAUGACAAGGUUGCAAAGCUCACUGCGGAUGCAAAGUUUGAGACUGGAGACAUCAAAGCUAGCGUGGCGGUGCUCAGCUUCAUUUUCUCCAGCGCAGCAAAACAUGAUGUUGACAGCGAGUCUUUGUCCAGUGAGCUGCAGCAGCUCGGUCUGCCCAAAGAACACACAACGGGCCUCUGCAAAUCAUAUGAAGACAAGCACUCCGCACUGCAGGACAGACUGAGAGAGACGAGCCUGAGACUUGGGCGACUGGACGCUGUGUCCUGGCGGGUCGACUACACUCUGAGCUCCAGUGAACUGAGGGAGGUGAAUGAACCGAUGAUUCAGCUGAAACUGCAGGCGCAAGGAGCAUUGCCAGGCUCCACAGAGACGACUGUUGUCUCGGUGUCUGCUGACAAGUUUAGAGUCUUGCUUGCAGAGCUCAAACAGGCCCAGACUAUGAUGAAUGCACUGCAGUGAAAAGUGGACUAUGAAGUCAGACCUCGGUUUGUGAUCAAGAGCUGGACACAAACGUCACUGAUAGGCUGCCAAAAGUGCCAAACUUGCAUCUUGUACAGUUGAACUUUUUGUAAGGUCAUGCUGAAUGGCUUGUUCUUAAUUUGGAUCGACUGAUACUUUGUAUUUUUCUACCACAUCAGCUACAAUUGGUGGAAAUAAUGCCAAACUGGGUGAUUUGUCACUGAAACAACAACACUGAAUGGACCAUUUUUGUACAAUAUUGUAUAUUAAUUCACAAAUGAAGAUUUAUGUUGAUAAUUUAGUGUUUUACCUGCAUAAUGCUCAUAAAAGAAAACAAUAAAUUGUGAGACACUGA